GGCUAAACCCUCGGUCUUCCGGCUGGCUGAGUAACGGUGCGGGGCCCGGCUCUACUUGGCUCUAGUUGGAACCGAGGAGCAUCGCUGCUCGGAGCGCACGGAGCUGUGGUCGUGGAUGUAUACGUUUGUUAUCGCGAUACGUGCCAUACGCGCCCAGGGAAGAUGAACAAGGAGGACUACCCAUGUCGGACUGCUUCGUUCGCGUUCACUAUUGACAAUAUUUUAAAUCUAAAAAAAAACAACAACAUCAACUUUGAGGCGCCCGACGCGAAGGAAGAGACGUAUGGCGUUUGUAAAAGCGACUUUCCACCCCGCUACGAGGAGGUCGACCUGUAUGACAUUCGGAGGCCCCACGAAGCGGACAGUUUGUCUUACGAGCUAGCGCGGACAACCCGAUUGCAUUGCGACGCAUCCGAUGCGCUCGAGGUCUGCCGGGAGACCGGACGGGCGCUCGAGAGCCGCUCCCGGUCCGAGAGCGCACACAGCUCCUCCGACGACUGCACGUCGGAGCCACAGACGGCCGGCAAGGACGCGAAGGCGUCGGUGAAGAAGAAAACGCGCACCAUCUUCUCCAAAAGACAGGUGUUUCAGCUGGAGGCCACCUUCAACAUGAAGCGGUACCUCAGCAGCGCUGAGCGGGCCUGUCUCGCCAAUUCUCUGCAGUUGACCGAAACGCAGGUGAAAAUCUGGUUCCAGAACCGUCGAAAUAAGCUUAAGAGACAGAUAUCUACAGACCUGGAAGGACCAGUGGAUCACCAUCAUUCGGACGCUGCGACAAAUGUACAAUUACCGACUUUUUACAAAGAUAGCAACUUACUGGGAGGAUGUUUGGUGCCCAUGCAUUUCCCCAUGAUGUACGGAACCACAACGAACACUGCGCCUUACAUUUACUUUUCCAAUGCGGGUAAGUAUUUCAGCCUCUUUGAGACCAACGGGUGACCCCCGGGUAUGGAUGUACUGAAGGACUUCAGCGGACGGUGGCAGCCUUACUUGAACCCCGAUUGACAUUUCAAAACUGGACCUUUUGACGAAUAGUUUUAUAUAGAAGCUCUCUCAUACACAGCUGUUCUAUCAGUUAUCAAACAUCUAUCAAGAUAUGCAUGUGCCACUUUCCCGACCAAAGUUGUUCUUAAUUAUGAUUAUUAUGAUUAUAUUAUGAUUAUUAUUAUACCAUGAUUACGAACUCAUAUUCAAUUUACCAUGACCAAUAUAUGCAUGCAUCAAAGAAGUCCAUAUCGGAAAUUCAUCAAUCGUUUUACUUUACGCAGCAAUGCCAUUUAAAUGAAUGUAUCUUCAUUAUGUCAAAGGAUUACUGUAUGUAGCUAUUUUCAACACUAUCAACUUUAUUACCCUGUAGAAUGGAUUCAUUUAUGGUUUAUUUUUUGCGUAGAUGAAUCUGCAAUGGGAAACUUUUCUUGUCAUUGUCCUCCUUUGAUAUACGGCCUUAUAUACAAACCCCGUAAUAUCUUUUUUUUACUUGACAUUUCAUACUACAGAUUCUAAAGCUGUUCAAUUGCAGUUAUAUUAAUAAAUGCAAUAAAAGCAGUACACACUU